AGAGGCGCCUUAAGCCACUUGGGGUUCAGCCUGGUGACAGGGAGUGGGUGACGUUGAUUGCCGCCAUCAACGCCACAGGGCCUAGUAUUAUAACCCUUAGGAUUAGAGAAUAGGGGUUAGUAAUAAUAGAUAGACAACAAAUGAGCUUGGGCUUGCCUAGCUACAGCACUUUAUCAAGCACACAGAGGUUAAGAAAGUAGGUGGUUAUAGACUACUAAUUCUUGAUGGCCACGAGAGCCACAAGUCACUCGCCUUCUAGGAUCUUUGUGAGGAGAACAAUAUCAUCACCCUCUGUAUGCCCCCUCACACCUCACACAUCCUUCAGCUGCUUGAUGUGGGUUGCUUUGCCCCCCUAAAGCGUGCCUUCAGAGCAACUAGCUUAGUUCUAGAUAACCCAGAGGUGGUGCUAUCAAGGCUUAAAGUGAAGCCUCGUACACUAACACUACCUUUACCCAGGAAGGCUCAAACGACGCUAAUUCUUAAGAGGAUAAGGGACUAUAGGAGUUCCUUACCUAAGUCUAUUCUUAAGAUAGUGCUGCAGGUUAAAAAGGGGUUAACUUUAAAGGUACACUCACACACGUUGCUUGAAGCUUAGAUAGAUAGUCUUGAGCAAGCAAAUCAGGCUGCUUCUGAGCGUAAAAAGAGUAAGAAGAAGCGAAUACAGAAGGGGGGGACUCUAUCACAGGUAGAA